CCGGGAAACAGGGGGACCCCCGGCGGGCUGGGGGGCCGGGACUAUGCUGAACGCCUCGGGCUUCGGCCCCGAGGGGCCUUGCCCCCAUCUCCCCGACCUGCCCCGGGAGGCAGAUGCCCCCGCAGGCGGUUUCCCGGGCCCGGCCCCGACGGGCACCGCGCCCGACGGCCCCGACUACUUCUUCGCGGACGGGCCGCGGGCCUCGCCGCCCCCGGCCGCGGGCUACGCGGGCGGCUUCUUCAUCCAGGCCGUCGCCGACCACCCGCACGACCAGGAGACCCUCUUCAACCUCAUGUCCGGCAUCCUGGGCCUGUCGCCCUUCCCCGGCCCGGCGCCCGAGGCCCCGUACCCACCGGCCGAGGCCUACCGGGGGCCCCCGGAGCCCUACCCGCCCUGCCCCUCGGACCUGGGCGCGGCCUUCCCGGAGCCGGGCUGGGGGGCCCCGGGCCCGGCGCGGGCCUCGCCCCCGGCCCUGCCCGGGGGGCCCUCGCAGUGUCUGUUCGAGCCCCAGCUCUCCCCGCCGCCGGACGUCAAGCCUCCGGGCCCGAGGGCGGCCCGCUCGCCCCCCGGCCCCGGCUUCGAGGCCCCGUACCCGCCGUGGGCCGGGCCGCCCGUCGGCGGCUACCGGGCCGGGCCCGAGGCCUGCUUCCCGCCCAAGGUGGAGGACGCGCUGGCGGCCAGCUGCCCGGCCGAGCUCCAGGCCUCCCGCCUCUUCGCCGGCGGGUACCCGCGCCCGCCCGGGCCGGGGGGCUUCGGGGACGGGGCGGAGGGCCUCCCGGGCCCGCCGGGAGAGCGGGCGGCCCACCCGGGCCCGCGGCCCGCCCCGCGAGGCCCCUUCGCCCCGGGGUCGCCCCGGACGGACUCGGCCGCCGCCCCGCCGGAGCCCAAGAGGAAGGGGCGGCGGGCCAAGGGCGGCCCCGGCCGCUUCUGCCCCCGGCCCCACGCCAAGGCCUUCUCCUGCCCCGUGGAGACCUGCGUCCGCAGCUUCGCCCGCUCCGACGAGCUCAACCGCCACCUGCGCAUCCACACGGGCCACAAGCCCUUCCAGUGCCGCAUCUGCCUGCGCAACUUCAGCCGCAGCGACCACCUCACCACCCACAUCCGCACGCACACGGGCGAGAAGCCCUUCUCCUGCGACAUCUGCGGCCGCAGGUUCGCCCGCAGCGACGAGAAGAAGCGCCACGGCAAAGUGCAUGCCAAGCAGAAAGCCCGGGCCGAGGAGAAGCUCAAGGGCUUGGGCUUCUACGCCGUGGGGCUCUCCUUCGGGACCCUCUAGGAGAGCCCCUCCGCCCCCUCGGGAGGCCCCCCGCCAGAUCCGGACGGUGGGCACCCCGUCCGUCCCCGCUGCCCUGGCCAUCGGCGGUCGCCCGCUCUGGCCCCCCGAGCCGGAGGAAGGCCCGGCCGCCGACCGUGCCCUGCUCGCGUGGCGGUGACCGGGCCCGGAAAGCCAGGCCGGCCUCCCUUCCCGACGGAAUCGCCACGCGACGGCGGGAUGGGAGUCCUCACCCACUUCCAGCCCGGGCGCCGGGCCCGGUGGGUCUCGGGGGGGUCGGCCCGAGGGCGGUCCCUUCCUUGGUUCAGUCCUAUUUAUUGAGCGCUCGCGGGGGGCAGAGCGCCGUACUAAGCGCUGGGGAAGUCCAAUCCGGCAGCACCUGGAGACGACCCUCGCCCCUCUCCACGGCUUCCCCGUCCCCUUCCAAAGCCCCCGGGGGGCAAGGAACGGGGGUCCGGGCAGGCCGUGAUUUCCCUGAUCCAAUUCUCCCGGCCUCGGUUCUUUGGUACGGAAGACGCCGCUCGCGGGCGGCAGUGCUCCGCUCACGGUAAGCGCUCAAUAAAUACGACUGAUUGAUUGAUUGAUUGAAGAAAAAACCCCCCGAGAGCCGUGUUUAUUUUUUCACUUAAAGCUUAUUUGGGCCAAGCCAGCUCCAGGUCCUCCCACCCCGAUCCCGCUCGCUCGCUCUCCCGGAGGAAAGGGAAGAGCCCGGAUUGGAACCGGGAACGAGCCGCGUAGACGCCUCGGAUGGACGGAGAGAGAAGAAAGGCGGGCGGCCGGAGCGUUGACCGCGUUGGGCCCAAAGAAUGAAGCCAAAGGACCUCUUCUCGCCGUCGUAUCCCUUGAGGGCCUUGCCGCGUCGGCCCUCCGUGCCCAUCGAGCGAUCUCCGCGUGCAGAGCACUGUACUGAGCGCUCGGGAGAGGACAGGAAACGGACACGUUCCCCGCCCACGACGAGCUCCACGGUCCCGAGGCCCGGUGCCUAUUCCGUGCCGCGCUAAGCGGCGUUGGAGGUUUCAGCGCGGGGCACGGUGCUCUGCACGGGGACGGCGCUCAAUAAAUACUAUCGAUCGAUGGAGUCGAGAUCCUUGGAAGGGAGUGACGUUAGACCCGACUGACUAAAAAGAGCCGUCUCCCUUAGGUAAUAGUAACAAUAACGAUGAUGA